UUCCUUCAAUUUAUUGGCUUCGUAGAUCGAAAAGGGGGAAGAUCCGAGAGCGCCUCUUCGUCUCCGACGCCGCGAGCCGGGCAGAAGGCAGGAGAGGGGAGGUGACAGUGUGCGAGGCGAGGAAAAGAAGAAGACGCCGGCGAUAGGAUGCUCAGGUUGCCAUCUCCGGGCGGUGGGUUUGAUGAUCCGUAGCUCGGAUUCGUGCGGCGCGUGAACCCAUCAGAGCCCGGAUCGCCCUCACCAUGUCCUCGUGGUUUGGUCUCUGGCGAUCCAGGAACCGCUUCUCGCUAGACGAGCUCCGAUAUCUAACAGAUCAACUGCAAAGGGUUCAAUAUGUGAAUGACGUUAAUAAGGAUUCUAUUAUUGAAGUGUUGAGAUCUAUUGCUGAACUGGUAACGUAUGGUGACCAACAUGAUCCAUCAAUAUUUGAGUUCUUCAUGGAGAAACAGAUUAUGGGUGAAUUCGCCCGACUAUUGCGGAUUAGUAAAAUGAUAAAUGUUGCACUUCAGUUGUUACAGACUAUCAGCAUUAUGAUCCAGAAUUUAAAAAGUGAACAUUCAAUCUAUUACAUGUUCACUAAUGAACACAUUAAUUACCUCAUCACAUAUUCCUUUGACUUUCGUAACGAAGAGUUGUUAUCUUACUAUAUAUCCUUCUUAAGGGCAAUCAGUGGAAAGUUGAACAGGAGUACAAUUUCAUUGCUCGUGAAGAUAAGAAAUGAGGAAAUUGUUUCUUUUCCACUUUAUGUUGAGGCCAUCCGCUUUGCCUUCCAUGACGAGAAUAUGAUUCGUAUUGCUGUCCGUGCUUUGACACUGAAUGUGUAUCAUGUUGGAGAUGAAUAUGUGAACAAAUUCAUUGUAUGCAGCCCACAAUCUGAUUAUUUUUCCAGUAUUGUGAGACAUUUUUUAAAGAGAUGUAUUAAUCUGGAUGAGAUUGUAGUCCAAGCUUCUAGGAACCUAGAUGUAUCUGAUUCAGGUUUGUCAAUUCGUGAUGCUGUAGAUGAUAUGGAAGACAAUCUAUAUUAUUUUAGCGAUGUUAUAUCUUCUGGAGUUCCUGAUCUUGGAAGAUUGCUUACUGAUAAUAUAUUGCAGCUUUUGGUUUUUCCUUUUCUUUUUCCCUCUUUUACAAAGCAAAGUUCUGGCACAAGAAUUAGCACUGCAACCUCCUUACAUCUACUUUGCAGUAUAUUACACAUUUUUAAAACCAAGGAUCUGGCCAAUACCAUUGCUGCAACUUUUUUCUGCCCUUCCGAGGCUUUUGUCACAAUAUCUGAAGCCACAACAAAUGGCGGCGAUAUUGAUGAAUCUGUCUCUCAGGAUUCACAAGAGCUGGUCUCGUGUCAUCGUGUUGCACAAGUGAAUGUAGAAAAUUCAGAAUCUCCUUCCCUUAAUUCAAAUCAUUCUUCAUCAGCAAUCAAAUAUUGUGGUUCAUAUUUUACUUUGAGGGAGCUAUUACUAUCAUAUAUAAUCCAUGGGGAUGAGUUGCAAGUUUUGGGCUCAUUAUGCCUUCUGGCUACUUUGCUGCAGACAAAAGAAUUAGAUGAAUCGGUACUGGAUGGGCUUGGGAUUCUUCCUCAAAGAAAGCAGCACAAGAAGCUACUACUUCAAGCUUUGGUUGGUGAAGACACAGGGGAGGAACAAUUAUUUUCUUCAACUUGCAUAUCGAAAGAUAAUAUAAGCAAUGACCUUGAGAGAUUCCUGCAGAAACUUGAGGAUGACUAUGGGCAUCAUGCUAAACGUGACAUAAACCCUAAAAUGCAUAGGUAUCAGGUACUUGAUGCAUUAGUAAGCCUUUUCUGCCGGCCCAAUAUAUCUGCAGAUAUACUAUGGGUUGGUGGUUGGCUUUUAAGGCAGCUUAUUCCUCACGGUGAGGAAGAUUUUGCUUCUUCUCAUCUUAAACAACUCAAGGAUUCACACAAGUUGUGUACAAACAAUCUUUUUGAGGAAGUUAAGGGAGCUUGGUGUGCUGCACUCAUACCUGUCCUUCAAGACACAUGGAAAAUAUGCAAACGAGUACUUGAGGCUCCAUCUCCUCCAAGAGACUCCAGAUCAAUACUCUUGCCAUCACAAGGAUGUCCUUCUGGAGGUGAAUCCUCUCUUGGUGCUGCUGAAAGAAUGUGCGAGAUGGUCAAGGUUUUUGUCCUUCAACGCCAACUUCUUGUUUUCUCACGAGGAGGGACCUUACCUGAUCUAUCCGAUAUACAAUCACCACUUGAUUCUACUGAAAUAUCCAGAGCUAAAAGUUCUGGUUUAGAUGCUUUAGUACCAAAACCUGGUUCUGAAAUUGGCUUAGUCGAUGCAGUACCUUGCAGAAUAGCAUUUGAGAGAGGCAAAGAGCGCCACUUCUACUUCUUAGCAAUAUCUAGAGGAACAUCUGGAUGGAUUCUUCUUGCACAAGAAUCACCUGUCAGGCAGCAAGGCGGCAUUGUUCGUGUCACAGCACCAUUGUCCGGUUCAGAUCCAAAAAUCGAUGAAAAACAUCCAAAGUGGUUGCAUUUGCGCAUCCGACCUUCCACAUUUCCAUUUUUGGAUCUAGCAAAGCCUGAUGUUUUCAACAAAGGGAAGGUUAAGAAUUUGGUCGACGGACGAUGGACACUAGCAUUUAAGGAUGAGGAAGCUUGUAAAGCUGCAGAGUCGAUGCUAGUGGAGGAGAUAAAUUUGCAGCAAGGAGAGGUGGAAAAGAGAUUGAAGCUUUUGCUCGACGCCGAUACAGCAAUCGACUGAAGGUAGUCAACCAUUCUCUGCACAUUCGAAUGAGGGGUUACAAAAUCGUGGUGACCUUGUCGUCUUGGUGCUGGGUUUCUUUUACUAGAAUGCUGCACUGAGUUUGUGUAUCCUUGGCUGUUAGCUAUGUUGAGCCACUUUGAGGUUGUAGAGUUUGAACCGAUUAAGUCGGUGGGCACUUGAGGCAAUUCUUUGUAAAGUAUUUGGUGAGUUUAACUUUCAAUUUCUGUAGUUCAUAUGAUCUUACAUAUCCAUUCUUUAACCAACGUUACAGGGAAAUCAGUUGUAUUUAGAUAAUUUGUAAUUAAGAAUCAAUAAAAGUAAUAUGCACUCUGUGAUUUAUUUUGGUUA